CCGUUAAUUUUUCAAUGUUGGUAACGAAUAACUAAAUAUUGACAGGAACGAGGCUUAGUGGGACGCAUUAUUUUCGUUUUUCCUGCUGCUUCCCGAUAAAUUAAACGUCGUGAAAGUUGAUUACGAUUAACGGAAACAGGGUGUUUUUGUGAACAACCCUUAAUCCCAAAAUGGCUGAACCUACCCUACCCUGAAACGGCUAUUUGGUUUUGCAAUGGCGGUAGUGACUUAUAAACAGUAAUAUUUACCAAUCCAAGACAAGUUAAAUAAUUAAGGUGUUUGGUUUAAAUUUAUUGUGCGAUCGAUGAUUAAUAGUGUGAUUUAAUGACCGAUAGUACGCAUGUAUUGUUUUACAGAUGUCUGCAGUGACACAUUCCAUAUCAGGUACUGACCCUACGAAGGGUAUUCAGAAACGAAGAGGAGGCAGUAUAGGGUCCGAUGAAGACGACCCGAGCGGUAGCAAAUAUUCAAGAAUGGAAGACGACAGUAUUCAGGAUAAAGAACGAUUUGCAAGUAGGGAGAACCAUUGCGAAAUCGAAAGGAGACGGCGGAACAAGAUGACAGCGUACAUUACGGAAUUAUCCGAUAUGGUGCCCACCUGCAGCGCCUUAGCCCGGAAACCCGAUAAACUGACCAUUUUGAGGAUGGCAGUGGCUCAUAUGAAAGCUUUAAGGGGGACCGGGAAUACAAGUACAGACGGAACAUAUAAGCCAUCAUUUUUAACCGACCAAGAAUUAAAACAUUUGAUACUUGAAGCGGCCGACGGUUUCCUGUUUGUAGUAAGUUGUGAUACAGGAAGAGUAAUCUACGUAUCCGAUUCGGUGGCUCCGGUGUUAAAUUACGCCCAAAGUGAUUGGUACGGGUCGUGUAUUUACGAUAACCUUCAUCCGGAAGACGUGGAGAAGGUUCGCGAGCAGUUAUCUACGCAGGAACCUCAAAAUAGCGGGAGAAUACUCGAUUUGAAAACGGGAACAGUAAAGAAGGAGGGGCAUCAAUCUUCAAUGAGACUUUGUAUGGGGUCGCGAAGGGGUUUUAUUUGUCGGAUGAAGGUAGGAAAUUUAACACCGGAAAACAUGGCAGUGGGGCACUUGAACAGACUGAAGCAACGAAAUAGUUUGGGUCCCGGAAGGGAUGGACAAAACUACGCUGUCGUACAUUGUACGGGAUACAUUAAAAAUUGGCCACCUACAGAUAUGUUCACAGGUGUUCAGUUAGAGCGGCAGCCGGAAGAAGAGAUUCACUCGUCCCAUUGUUGUCUGGUCGCGAUCGGCCGGUUGCAAGUCACCUCAACACCAAACACCAGCGAAUUAUCCGGAUCCAAUAAUACCGCCGAGUUCAUCUCGCGACAUUCGAUAGACGGCAAAUUUAGUUUUGUCGAUCAACGUGUAAUCGGACUUUUAGGUUACGCGCCCACAGAACUUUUAGGGAAGAGCUGUUUUGAGUUUUUUCAUUUAGAAGAUCAAACCCAUAUGAAGGAUAGCUUUGAACAAGUGUUAAAAUUAAAAGGACAAGUAUUAUCAGUUAUGUACCGAUUCCGAGCCAAAAAUCGAGAGUGGGUUUGGUUGCGCACAUCAGCGUACGCCUUCUUAAAUCCUUAUACGGACGAUGUUGAGUAUAUAGUUUGCACAAACAGCACCGCCAAAUCGUUGCACGCCGGAAAUGAGCCAGCCACGGAUGCGCCCGAGCAAGUUUCUUACCAACAACAACCCGGUUUAGACUACAGUUUACAACGUCGGGACACACUUUAUACGCAUAUGAUACCUCCCACACACAUCCAAACGCCUCAACAAGUACCAAGACCGAGUAGCGGUCAAAACGUGUACACAACGUACGAACCAACACCAUCUCCGAUAACGUACGGUUCUCCAUCGCAGACGAACGUGACGAGCAGUAGCAGUACGGUUUUGGGUCGUUUGACGAAGGGUAGUACAACGAGCCCCACGCCGGCGGCGGCGCCGUGGAGUCUUCGACAACCACAGCCGACGGCCGAAAGUUACCAGUUCAACCAGCCCAGUCCGAGGUCGCCGGGACCGACCUACACGCAACUAAGUGGAGGAGCGCGCGGUACGACGGCACCGACGCCUUAUCAAUGGACUUGGCAAACGACAAGUCAAGCGUCGGACGGCGGAGGCCCCGGGUCGAGCGGCUCGGGGCCACCCCAACAAACGCAACCGCACGAACUGUCAGAUAUGCUACAAAUGUUGGACCAGAGUGCGGCGACUUCGUUUGAGGAUUUAAAUAUGUUUAAUACCACGUUCGAAUAGCUAUGUGAGGAAAGUAUAGGGAUUAAAUAAUCGGAAUGCGAACGCCUUCUCAGAUAAUUGUAUUUAUAUACGUACAAAUUUUUUUGUAAAUUAGUUAUCAUCGACGAAGAAAAAGGGAAUGAUUGCCAUGUAAUUUAUAUACAUAAUAUAAAUAUAUAUAUAUAACAGUAUAGGUGUGGUGUGACGUGUGUGAAUAAUAAUUACAAGUGGUAUAAAACUGAAAUAGUUAUCAAUAUGGAAGUGCGCUCGUAUACAGGUGUCCUAAAAAGCAUUUGCAGAAAUAACUCUCGGACGUACUUUUUUUUUCCCUGUAGUUUUCAGUAUGUAUUUUUGGAGCCCCUGUACACUCGAACUUACGGAAAUACAAAAAAAUUAAAUUAAUGAUAACGUGGAUUCCAUGAAAGACGUAGAUUUCGCGGUGUCCAGUUUGUAUAGCUUGUUGUAGCGUAUUGCUAUCAAUACUCUGUAUACUCGAAAGUUAUUUCGUUCAUGUUUUCUUACCCAUUUUUAUUUUUUUUGAGAGUAAUAUAGCUGCUUUGGCAGUGAAUUGUAUCUUGUGUUGCGAAAUAAGUGACAAAAACAAACCAGUAGUAUAUUAACAAUUUUUCUUUUGGUAAUGUUUUAAAAAUUUUCCGUUUAACGUUUGUAUAUGAUUGGUUUAAUGUUGAAUCAAAUAUAUUCUUGUGGAUAAAUUUCGAAAUUGUGUAUAUCCACAAUGUUGUUAGAUACAUUAUAGUAUACACAUAUCUUUGAAGUAAGAUUUUUUUCUUGAAAAUAAAUAAUUUUUUAAUAGUUUUAUAAGGUUUAAAUGGUAAAUUAUGGAGAUUAAAUGUAAUUCUCAUUUCUUUCGCAAUAAAAAUAAGCCUUUUCAUGUCUUUAACUAUUUUUGUAAUUAAAAUACAUAGUAUUUUGUAAGAGAUCGGCGUUUCGUUUCUCGAUUCAUUUUUUUACAUGUAUAUAAGGGUACAGGCACCCCAUUUGGGUCGCUACAUUUCGAGGCGAUCUUCAAAUGGUGUACCUAUACCCAUGUGCAUAUUUAUGUACAUAUAUGUGGCAUGAAGCACACGGCAUAUAUAUUAAGUUAACAAAAAAAAUUAUAUUUUACUGCAAUUUGAUGAAAGUCAAUAAAUAAUUAAUAGUAAUACCCAUGAA